CACCGCAAUGUCGGGAGAUGUGCCCGAGAAACUGCCGAUCCCAGUGGAAAUCAAUAUGGGAAUAAAAGUGCAGUUACAGAAGGAAAUUCGAUAUUUUGAAGGAAAAUAUGAGAAAAUCUUAAAAUUGCUUGAAGGAGUGCAAGGACCUCCAGGAGUGCAGAAAAAAUUUGUUGUAUAUGCCAUGAAGGAAGCGGCAAGAUUUAAAAGAGAAGACUUAAUAAGUCACCUUGAGAAGGUACUAGAGAAAAUAGAAUAUGACCAGUUUCUCAACAGAGGUGGUGGCUCCCCAAACUUAUAAUCCCGUUAUCGCAAUGAUCAAUGAGAAAGCAGAACCAGUUGGCUGUCCUGGAGUGCGACCAGAUAUUGUUGAUGCCUCCCAGCACGAGUUAGUUAAGAAUUGUCUUCUUGCGGCUAAGAAAAUGCAUUGCAACUUUCCUGUUAUAAGUUUCUCUUAGUAAAAGCAGGGCUUUUGCCCUCAGCAUUUUGUUUGAAUGGCUAA